GGAGCGAGUGAGCUAGGCGGGGCCACGAGUACAAGGGGCGAAGCUUGGAAGCCGGGGGGGUCAACGUUGCAGGUUUCCCCCGCGCCCAGGCCCGUCACGUGCCCUCCCGGAAUAUGGUGGGGGUGGGAGGGUCACGUGUUUCACACGUGGCCCCGGCCCCUCACGCGGCGCUGGCCAGUGGCCGCGGGCGCGUUCCCGGGCCCACGUUCCCAACUGCUCGCGUGUCCGUUAGCGAGCGACUGGGAAAGCCAACGGCCCCGUUCCCCCUGGGCGGGUUCCCGCCUGAUUCCCCUGCCUCCCACCUCCGCUGCCGGGCUCCCCGUGUGGCGGCCCUGGGCGCCAGCGGGCCGAGCGCGGUUCUUGCUGGCGUGGGGCUGUUCGCACCCGCCCUGUCAGGCCUUAGCGCCUUUGGUUGCAGACGAAUCCGGGCCUCGGCUGGUGCCUGCAGCGCGCUGGGCCUCGGGCCGGCCGCUUGCAGCCCUGGCCUGGCCUGAGCCCAAGGCCGCGAGUGGCCGGACUUGGCCGCAGCGCAGCGCGUCUCGCCCUGGCCCUGUGUGGGGCCCCUCUCAGCUGGCACGGACCUGCCCUGCUUUCCAGCUCCCUGACCGCUGUGGGGCCCGCUGCAUUGAUUUUAAUGGGAGCUACUUGGGGGCCUGGAACCGGCCGAGGAGAAAAGACACCAGGCAACAGCCAACUCUUAAAGCAAAAGUUGUUUUCAGCGCAGUAAAUUCCAGAUGUUAAAGGUGACUGGCCCGCCACCUCUUCAGGUGCCAGCAACUGCAGCAGUAUAGUCAAUAGACCAAUAGUCAAGCUGAAGAGGGUGCAGGUGGAGCAGUGAGGUCUAGCACCCAUUUAACUACUGAUGUCACGUCAUGCAUGGAACCCUGCCUAGGAAUAUGGCUCAGAUAAACGUUGAGCGUUAUAUUUAACCAUCCAGAGCAUUACUUCUGUAAAAUUUCCUUUUAAAUAUAUAAAAAGGAUCUAGGGGGAAAAAAAUAAAAACCUAUAGGCUUCUAGGUAACAUGCUAAAUGCCACUUGUCAGGCCUGAUCCAGCACCCACUGAAGUCAAUAGGAACUCCCAUGGACUUUGGAUAUUAGAUUCAUCUCUAGUCAGUACAUUUGAGGCAUUCCACACUUGCAGUACUCCAAUGGACCCCAGAUGAAGAUGUUUAAUCACUUAAGAAUAAGCAGAAAUUCUUAAGACAUGGAACCUGUUGCAAGGAAGAUCUUCAAAGGAGUUUUACUUUUGGAAGUGGCUGGGAUUGCUGGAGCAUAUUUUCUAUUUCACAGAAUGGACACAAAUCAAGAUUUUAGGCAUACAAUGAACAGGAGAUUUCCAUCCAUUCUGGAAGUUUAUUACAAAAGCAAUGAAUGGGCUGGAGUUUAUGGAAUAAAGGAGAAGGACCAACUGAAAUGGCAAAGCAGCAAAAAUUAGAAGCCUUUGUGUUUGAACUGUUUUUUCUUCUUGAUAAUAUUUUUCACAUCUCUGUUGUGGAGCCAAUUAUCACGCUCUGCUUCCCACUUGAGCUGUUUGACACCUACAAGGGAAGAGGAGGAACAUGACAAAUAAGAGGUGGAGGAUAAGUGAUGUAUCCUUUGAAUAAAUAAAUUCAUAGAACAGCAAUAAAAUGUGAACCAUUGGAUUUUUCACCUCAAGACAUUUUUCCAUUAUGCAGAAACUAUUAUAACCUGGAACCUUUUGGACCUGUUGCAAAGGCACAAAUUUUAAAAUUGCUUUCAUUGCAUUUUUCCAUUAUGCAGAAACUAUUAUAACCUGGAACCUUUUGGACCUGUUGCAAAGGCACAAAUUUUAAAAUUGCUUUCAAUAGUUUGCCUUAACACUAUUGUUUAAGUAGAAAUACUCAGUGUCUAGAAUGGGAGAUAUCAAUUUUUUUAUACUAGAGAAAUGAUGCAAAGAAUACAAAGCCUUAAUUAUACUCAACACAACAGGUUUUAUCUGAUUGAUAAAAAACCUACUUUUCAAAGUGGGGUUACACAGAUGUAGAUUUGUGGGGGGGGAAUUGUUUUUGCUCCAUGUACACCAAAGCUGGGGAGUGGUGUGUUUGGCUAAACCUUAGUUACAUCAGCUUUUAUAUCAGAAAAAUUCCCAUUGGGGAGAAAGUUAUAUGCCUCUAGAAGUUUAAAACCAGUUAAGCUAUAUAAUUUAUAAUUAGAUAUUUAAUGAUGCAAGUCAAAAGCUGCAUAUCAUGCUGUGACUAAGAAUACAAUUAAAUCUAGACUAGGGUGAGAGUCCUUAAAAACAAGUACUGUUGUAUUAUACAUCAUGUACCUACAUGAAAUAAAGUUAUACAGGA